AUGCACGCCGUUUUUCGAAUUGGUCACAUUCAAAAACUUGACAACAAUCGUCCACUUUAUCAAGUAAAUCGUAAGCUUACGUCAGAUGACAAUCCCCAACUUCGUCAAUUAACUAAUCGUUUACGAGAAGAAAUUGCAGAUUCGACAGGAUGGACACGAUUGGGUAAAAUGUUGCUCAAAUUAGGUCAGCUCGACAAAGCUGAAGAAUUAUUUACUGCACAACUAGAACAGACAUCUGACGAAAGUGAUAAAGCAUUUAUCUACAAUGAGCUUGGACGGUUGAAGAGUGACCAAGAGCAAUAUACAGAAGCCGUUUUAUUUUACGAAAAAUCACUUGAAAUAAAUCGAAAAACUCUUCCGAAAGGUCAUUCCAACUUGGCUACUUCAUAUAAUAACAUUGGUGUGAUGUAUAAAAAAAAUGGGCGAUGA